AUGGGCAGACUUUCAUCAGCCGUAGAGGUUAACGAACGCCGGCGUACCGCCGGCCACCACGACAACGGCCGCCAUUCCCCAGAUCCUCGCAGCUAUCACGACGCGAUCGCAGUUUUAUCCGCAGCCGGAGCCGGAGCCCGAGCCCGAGUAGAAGCCCUAGGAGCAACGGCUAUGGCAGGUAUCGUCGUUCUUCGCCGGAUUAUUCGUACCCUAAUCUCGACGAUGGCCGAAGAUAACGAGCUGGAAGAGGAAGAUGUUCUGAAGGGCGAAAAAGAGAAACCGAACAAGGGCCCGAAUGCUGAAGCGGAAAAAUCUCCGGAGAGUGAAUCUGAGUCGGUGUCUGAGGAUUCUGAAUUUGAAUCAGAUGAUUAUAGGUCAAGAAAGAAUAUAAAAUCCCGUUGGAGGCGUAAGAGUCGAAGAUCGAAAUCAGUCUCUGAGAGUGAAACCCAUAGCGACAAUGAUACGGAGGAAGAUAGGAAGAGGAGUAGGAGAAAGAGUCUGAAAAAGAGCAGCCGGAGAAAGAGAAGCAACAGGAAAAAGCGCUCAAAGAGUGCAACCGAAACCGAGAGCGAGAGCCAAGAUUCUGAAACAAGCCAUGAUCACAUUAGGUCGGAAAAGCGCAAGCAAAGGUCAACUUCACGUUCCAAACAGAGGAAGAAGAAGAGAGAAUCGAGUUCCGGCUCUGGUGGCAGCCCCUCUAACUCAGAACAUGAAGCAAAUGCAGCUGCUCCUAAGCCAGACGAGCUCAUAGUCAAUGCCGACACAAAUGAGGAGCUUCUCAAGUUGAAGGAAAUGAUCGAGCAGCGUAAAAAGCUCAAUCUUGAUGAAGAGCCCGUUGUGGGCCCGAUGCCCCUGCCUCGGGCCGAGGGCCACGUUAGCUAUGGUGGGGCCCUCAGGCCCGGUGAAGGUGAUGCUAUAGCCCAGCAUCAAAGGAUGAAUGCUAUCCGCAUUAGGAAGGAAAACCAGGUUUAUAGUGCUGAGGACAAACGGGCCCUGGCAAUGUUUAACUAUGAGGAGAAGGCCAAGCGAGAGCAGAAAGUUAUGGCUGACUUGCAGCGUUUGGUUCAGCGGCAUAUCGGGCAGGAUACUGCUCCUUCUCAUGACCCGUUUGGUGGGGAUGAUUGA